AUGUUUGCCUCAUUUAUUCCUUUCUUUCUUUUCUUCCUUUUUGUUUUUCUCUUCCUUUUUCUAUAUUUUCUUCUAAUUUCUUUCUUCUUCUCCUCUUCUUCUUUUCUUUCUUCUUCUGUCUCUUCUUCUUUUCUUCUUCCUCUUCUCUGUCUUCUCUCUUCUUCCUCCUCUUUUUUCUUCUUCCUUUUCAUCUUGUUAUUGUUCUUCUUUUCCUCCUUCUUUUUUGUUCUUUUUCUUCCUGAUCUUGUUCUUGUUCCUCCUCCUCCUCUUCUUUUUGUUCUUUUCCUUCUUCUUUUACUUCUUCUUCUUUUCUUCUUUUUCUUCCUCUUCUUCUUCGUCUUCUUCUUCUUCUUGUUCUUUUUCCUGUUCUUUUUCUUUUUCUUCUUGUUCUUUUUCUUCUUCCUUUUCCUCUUCUUCUUCACCCUCCUCCUUUUAUUCUUCUUUUCCAUUUUCCCCUUUUAUGUUCUCUCUCUUUCCUCCUCCUCCUCCUCCCUUGUUCAUUGA